AUGGCGCUUUCCGAAGCAACCAAAGAAGCAGUAUGGCUCAAAGUGCUUUUGGGGGAACUUGGUGAGAUGACAAGCGACGAAGCGAUCAAGAUGUAUGAAGACAACCAAGGAUCAAUCGCUCUCGCCAAGAACCCGGAGUUCCAUAAGAGAACAAAACACAUCGACAUACGCUACCAUUUUGUGCGUGAGAAGGUGGAAUCAGGUGAAGUCGUUUUGGAGUAUUGCCCGACUCAAGAUAUGCUGGCAGACAUGAUGACCAAGCCGAUCGCCGCUGUACAAUUUGAAAACAUUCGCGAUCGACUUGGGAUCCAAGCGUGCCGCAGCUAA